UUUUUCAGUUUUUCCGAGUGGCAGUGUGCGUGUGCGUUGGAUCUUGGGGUCGCUUUCUGGGCUAAGCAACUUGGUCAUCAUCAGUGUUCUCGGGGUUUCGACAGCGUAUAGUGUGUUUGAAACGCUAAGUGCUUUUUCCAGUUUUCUUUUCUCCUAAGCCAACAACAAAAACACAAACACCAUGGACGCCAUCAAGAAGAAGAUGCAAGCGAUGAAGCUUGAGAAGGAUAACGCCAUCGACAAGGCCGACACCUGCGAGAACCAAGCCAAGGAUGCCAACUCCCGCGCCGACAAACUGAACGAGGAGGUCCGCGAUCUGGAGAAGAAGUUCGUCCAGGUGGAGAUCGAUCUGGUCACCGCCAAGGAGCAGCUGGAGAAGGCCAACACCGAGCUGGAGGAGAAGGAGAAGCUCCUGACCUCCACCGAGUCCGAGGUGGCCACCCAGAACCGUAAGGUGCAACAGAUUGAGGAGGAUCUGGAGAAGUCCGAGGAGCGCUCGACCACCGCCCAACAGAAGCUGCUGGAGGCCACCCAGUCCGCCGAUGAGAACAACCGUAUGUGCAAGGUGCUGGAGAACCGCUCCCAGCAGGAUGAGGAGCGCAUGGACCAGCUGACCAACCAGCUGAAGGAGGCCCGUAUGCUCGCUGAGGAUGCCGACACCAAGUCCGACGAGGUUUCCCGCAAGCUGGCCUUCGUUGAAGACGAGCUGGAGGUUGCUGAGGAUCGUGUCCGCUCCGGCGAGUCCAAGAUCAUGGAGCUGGAGGAGGAGCUGAAGGUUGUCGGCAACUCUCUGAAGUCCCUGGAGGUCUCUGAGGAGAAGGCCAACCAGCGCGUGGAGGAGUUCAAGCGCGAGAUGAAGACCCUGUCCAUCAAGUUGAAGGAGGCCGAGCAGCGCGCCGAGCACGCCGAGAAGCAAGUGAAGCGCCUGCAGAAGGAGGUCGACAGGCUAGAGGACGAGUUGGGCAUCAACAAGGACAGGUACAAGUCCCUGGCCGACGAGAUGGACUCCACAUUCGCCGAGUUGGCUGGCUACUAAAAUGGCCAAUAGUCCCAGAAACCAAUACCAAAACCAAAACAACAACAUCGAGCAGCAGCGGAGGAAGAUGGAGACGACGAGGAACUCUACUAAUUGUAAACGAAUAUCUCAGAUUGAUUUUGCUAGCGACAAGAACUGCAGCCUCAGAUACCAAGAACAACAUCCAUUGUGUAUACAAUUCUUUAUAAAUCUAUAUAUUUCAUAAUAAAUAAAUAACAACAACAACCAGAUCAACAACAGCAACCAACAACAAGCAUAGAUUGUGUAGAACCAAGGAUAACAGCAAAUGGAAACUCUAUUAUUUUAUAAAAAAUAAAAUUAUCUAAAAGUAAAACGUAGCAGAAUGUAAAAAAAAAA